AGACGAAGCCUAGUUUUGAUUUAAAAGCAACCGUGGACUUGGACCCGUGUGGUUGGCUGGGCUGUAAUGAGGACUUCAGGGGAGGAAGAUUGUGUUAAUUUGAUGUGAGACAAACAGAGAGAGAGAGAGAGCAGGGGAGGGAAGGAGUGAAGGAGGGAGGGAUUUACUGAGUCAGGACAGUGACGUGCGGUGUGGUGCAACUUUCUCAUGAAUCAUGUACUUGAGGGCGACUUUGUCAAGGAGUGGAGUAUUCAGCGGAAACACACGCAGCCACAAACAAAUGUGAAACCCAGCGGACAUCCACAGCUCUGCCCUCACAGUCACCUGGCUUCCAAUCAAGAUAACAUGUCAAGAUAACGUCAACAGUUAAUCUUCAACCAGAGAUGAUGAGGAGAAAGACAGAGCACUCGCAUAACAAGGUCUUCAUGUUGUUCCUGGCGAAAGAUAUGCGCAGAAAAAUGCUGUAGGACUUCUACGGUGCCAUUGAAGCAGAAUGUUUCUUCCUGGAUGCCUUAUCUGGUUCAUUUUAUUGACUCUACACUUGUCAGCCUGCGUUUUGGAGACCUCUGAACAUGGCAGGCCUGAAGUUAUUUGCUCGCAGGGCCUCUCUGAUUGCACCGUCAGGGAUGAGAUGUUUCUCAUGGCAGCAGAGAACACAGUGCAUGUUCAGACCCUAAAGCCGUAUUUCAAGCUCUGCUGUAAGAACAGAAAAACCUGCACAUUAUGUCUGGAGAUAGACGCAGAGCUUUCCAUCCAACCGGAUAAGGGUUCAGAGGAUGAAGGAAGCUCUGAGUCCGAUGAGGAGGAUUACAGGGAGGAGACGGGGAGUCCAAAAGCGUCAGCGACAUUGUGUUACAGUACAGCCGCAACCAUGCCCACAUGCAAGAAGGUGGAGUUUACGGUUAAUCAUACAGCUCUCGUUCAGCAAAACCUGGCAAAGGUGUCCUUGGUGAUCACUAAGCCAGAUGGGUUUCACUUCGGCAAUCAAGUGGAUGUUUAUUCAUUUAAACAGACACGUCAAAGGAAGAAAGUUGUUGCUCCCUCUCUAGAAAAAGUUUGCUCCCAGGAGCUGCGGAGACGUGUGCCAAAGUGCCUCGUACCUGCAGUCAGCAGUGUCAUAAACCAGGAGCUGGACCAGGUGGAGCUGCAGUUUGAGGACAGGAAUAAGACCCUCCCUUCAAUGUGCAUCCAGUAUGAGCAGGAUGGGAAAUGUCAGAGCUGGAGCAGGAGGACCAUCCCUCUGCAGGCUGUGGCUCCCUGCAUGUGUCUCCAGGCGUGGAAUGAGGAUGGCCAGAGGUCUGCUCGCUCUGUGCAGUGCCCCUUCAAGCGAACAGAUUUUCAACACGUCUUCCAGAAGAACAUGUGGGAAAAUGUGUUUGUGUCAGUGAUGGCCCGAGAAAAGACAGGCUUUGGCACAAUGCUGUUGUGGAACCUGUCUGCCCCCUGCAGGCUGGAGGGUGAAGUGCAGCUCUGUUACGAGGGAAACAGCUGCAGGCAGAAAAAUGAAGUCAGACAACAGCUGGCAAAUGGCACAUGGAGGCAGAAUAUUGAAGGACUCUGGGUGAAAGCAGGAGUGUUUGAAAACGUCAACCUACAGCGUGUCCCAUGUGUGAAGGUGAAAAUAAAAGGAAUGGGACACGAGCUGGGUCCGCGCUGUCCUAAAGACACUAGCAGGGGGCGCUGGAGUCUCCUGGUUGCCGGUGUUCUGCUGCUGGUUUGCUUGACUAUGCUCAUGUGUUAUUUCCUUCAUCACUUUGUCAAGAAAUGGGUGUGGAGCUGGCGCCAUGGAGGAUUUGUGAAACUUGGCAGAAAGGGUCAUGUGGUGCUGCUGAGCCCCCCAGAUGUGGACGAUGGGGUUUCAGAGUCGGUACAUCAGCUCUGGUCCCUGCUCUGCAGCCAGGGCUUCAGUGUGUCGGUGGACAUGUGGAGCAGGAAGGAGCAGUGUGAUCUGGGGCCUCUGCCUUGGCUGCACUCGCAGCUUCUGAAGAUAAACAGCCUGGGCAGCCGAGCUGUACUCAUUCUGAAUGGCAAAGCCUUGGAGAGAACAGAGGAAUGGACCCGCUCGAGCAAAGUUGUCAUCGAGACGAAGGGGGAAGACAGGCUCCCGCCACAGCUACAAUCCCCGUACUACGACAUGUUCGCGGCCUCUCUGUUCCUCAUUCAAGCGGACAAGCAGCUGGGCAGAGCCGGUGAACGUUUUGUUCUGGUGAGAUUUGACUCACCAUCCAAACAGACUCACAGCAGUGACAGGAGUCUGCCAGAGCUUCUUCAGGGCCUGCCUCUGUUCCAGCUCCCCUCCCAGACUCCGUCUCUCCUGGCUGAACUAACUGCGGUGCCAGCUGAGAGGACGUCAGGUCAAAGGAUGUGGACGAGGUGAUAGUGGGACACCUCUGAUGGAGGAACUCUGUACUAAGGACUAAAGAGGGACCAGACCAGCACAAAGCAUCCAUUAUCUAUACACCACUUAAUCCUCACUGGGGGGGGGGGGGGCUGGAGUCUAUCCCAGCCGACUCAGGACAAAGGC